AUGGCUCAUCUCACGCCGCUGGACUCAAGAAGGUGCAGUUAUUUCUUCCUCUAUGAUGGAUCUAAGGUCAGAGGAGAAGGUGAUCCUACAAGAGAGGGAAUCUGCUACUUUUACCCAGAGGAGACCCCUUUAGAUAAGCAGGAGCUGCUGUGUGGUCAGCUGGCAGGUGUGGCCCGCUGUGUGUCGGAGCUGUCCUCCUCACCUGUGCACACGCUCACGCUGAAGCGCUGCAAGUUCGCCGUCCGCACGAAGAAGGACUUCUUCUGGGCUCUGGGCUGCUCCAUGAAUGUCCCUACUGUCAGUGUCUGCGAGCUCCUGGAUCAUCUCAUCAACAUUUUCUGUUUCUAUAACGGCUCCGUUUGUCAGAGCUAUCAGCUCAACAGUAAGGAAAGUUUGGCAGCUCGGUGGGCACGCUACCUCUCACACGUGCAGUCGGGACCCUCAGAGCUGUGCUACAUCUUCAGAUGUUUGAGGACCAUAGACUCCACAAACGUCGACCCACUUCUCUUCCUGAAAGCUGCCCUCAUUCUGCAGGCGUGUCAGCGAUGCCCUCUGGUGCUCGUAGGCUGUAUUCUUUUCAGAGGAAGAGUUGUCAGCUCACAGAUGUCUCCUCAGCUCACCAUGAAGGUCAUGGUGCACGAAAGUGAAAUGUACACAAAGUCCCAGAGGUCUAAUGAGGCGAGCACCCCCAGCCCACUGGGCGGCGCUGUCUGCUCCACCACUGUGUUCCUGACUACUUUUGAACUUCAGUACCUGCAGUCUGCUCCUGUCAACAAAGACCUCAGCUCUCAGUCCUCUGCACAAAAAGAUGAUCCCCCAAAGAAGACUCGCCUCUCCAGAACGUUAUCAGACACACCCUCCACGGAGUCGGAGACGUCUCGUCCAGCUCCACUCCAGUCUCCCCAGAAGCUAUCUUUCAGUCCUCACAUGUCCGAAUCAGAUGACUCUUUGUUUAGCCCAGCUUCAUCACAGAGUGCCAAUUCCCUCAACCCUUCACCUCACACUCUGAGGCGUCCAUUUUCAAACGGGAGAAACUCUUAUGAAACUGAGCAGGAAGUGCAGGAAGAGUCCUGUCAUCCCCAUUUUCAGAAUAAGGAAGAUGAAGUCAGUCAGACUGACGGCCAAGGAGCGAGCUCAGUGUUUGUAGAAGACCCCCGUGUUAACGGAGGGGCUGGAGAUGGAGAUGCUGCCUGUGGGAACGCACGUGCACGUGAUAAAGUUGUGGGAGAGAGCGGAGCCUGUAGGAAGGCUGAAAGUCACAAGACUGAGACGAGACACCCUCCACCUCUCACUUUUGACGGUCUAGAGGAGAGUGCGCUGAUCCCCAUGACGCUUUAUAUGCACCGGGUGAACGGCCUGGUGCUGGCUCUGCUGGUGGAGCCUCGAUUCACGAGCGACUCUGAUUCUAUGAAGGAAGUGAAUCACAGCAGCCUGGCUUCACUGAAUGGACUCGAGGCGCACCUCAGGGCCGUCCCUCCAGGGGCCCCAGGUGCUUCAGGGCAAUACAUGUUUGCACAUUAUGACUGCUUUCAGAGCACUCUGAAAACCAACGUGUCUGGACGGUCAGUGGGGGCCCCGGAGCAUCUCUUUGUCCGAGCCACAUCACUCCUCCACUCACAUUUCUGUGACACUGAAACUCUGCAGGAGGCUAUUAUCAGGAACGCCGGUUCUGCUGUGUAUGGAACCCGCAGCGUGGUGCAGGAGACAUUCUUCCAGCAGCAGGGCGGAUCUCAGAGGAACUCUGGCAUCCCCAACCAACAGGACAGUGCUUUCUGCCUGCCCAGCAAGGCCCGGCUCCGACUGCUGAAACACGGAGUUAACCUGCUGUGAUGCCCUCUGAGCUCAGAGGAGUUCAUUUACAAACUGGGCUCCCAGUCUGCCAACAAACAAAUUC